GGUAUAGAGAGACCAAUGAAAAUGGCGGCUACAGGGUCCGCCAGAUCCAUCAGGGGAUUAGGGCAAAAAUGCAAAGCCAGGCCCGCCGAUAUGCUGCAAACUCGGACACCUUCACAGCUGCUAACCUUGGAUGAGGCUAGGUGUCCGGUUUGUUCAGAGAUUUUAUUGGAGCCCGUAACUAUGCCAUGUAGCCACUCCGUGUGUCUACACUGUUUCAAGCGGACAGUAGAAUUUACCAGUUUGUGCUGUCCACUCUGCCGGCUGCGCGUAUCCAGCUGGGCCCGUAAACAGUCCCGGGAGAAAAGCCUAGUAAACACCGAACUCGGGGAAAUGGUUCGAAAGAGUUAUCCAGAACGAUGUCAGAAGAAAAUGGAGCAGAGAGACAGUGAGACUAUUGGAGAAGAGCUUUUCCGGUCGCCUGCUCAGAUAUCCAAACCUGGAGAGAGCAUACCAGAGAAUGUAAAGCAAAAAGUAAAGUUCUAUGGGUUGCAGUCAGACUCUGAGAAUGAAGAACCUAUUGGAAAGAGAACCAGAAAUGUGUCUGCAUUUGUUAGAAGAACAAAGAUCUCGGCAGCCUUCAACAGAGAUGGUAUACAGACCAAUGUGGUGCAGAGAAGCCAGAGCUGUACUGAUACAGAGGAGGGAAGACAAAGAAUGAGGUUCUCCACUCAUCUUCCUGGACUGGACAAAGCCAGUAUUCCUCACAGCUACAGCGCAGGAAUCCUUCUGUCCUCUGAGAACAGCCGAUCUCUUUCGGCGCCCAUCACUAUCCAAGACAAGAGGUACAGUUGGCGAGGUGUCAUCAUGGCGUCAUCGACACCUUUCCUGAUCCCCCAGUCUAAACAGGAGAGGUCCAUUAGCCCUGAGAGCAAUGACAGUAUCUCUGAGGAGCUGAAUCACUUUAAGCCAAUAGUGUGCUCACCAUGUACCCCACCUAAAAGGCUACCUGAUGGACGAGUGAUGGAGCCCACCAUUGUGAAGUCUACUCCCCGGAACCUGAUCCGAAGCCUGCAAAGACCCACCAACUAUGAAGCCAGUCCAACUAUACUCCAGAAAUGGAAACAGAUAGAGGUGGACCGGCAGUCUGUCAAAGUAAUCUCCAAGGGUACCUUGACCACCCCAGUGAACGAGGAUCUUGUCUUCAAACCAAGCCUGAUAAAGGAGGAAGUCAAGCCAUUUGGAUGCGCUCCAGAAGCAAAUACAGCAAAAGAAUGUUUGGGUACAUAUGCCAAGGCUGAUUCCUCUAGACUAGAGAAUGAAAGGACUAUUCUGCAUAAUAAACGGAGACUGAUAUUUGACCAGGCCACUGGAGAGACAACUCCACUUCAGAAACAUUCUGCCAAGUUCCAUACUCCAUCUUUACCUUUUAGUAGUGAGGUUACUGUUACAGGAUGUGGGGUUUCUUCUGAGUCCUUAGUGGUACCUCAAUCCCAUUGUGGGCUAUUGUCAUUGCAUCAUAAUCAGACCAUAAUCACACAUAAUAAAAAUGCCAACGUUAAGUGUUGCCAACUUAAGUCAAAGGACUCACAGUAUAAAAUAAAUGAGUUGGACAAUGGAAACUGUUCGCAAAACCAACCUACCUCAAGGAGGGGCAAGAAGAGGAGCCAGAAGACCAAACACCUGGAAGAGACAGGGCCAACACCGAAGAGGCCAAAAUCGCAGAGUCAAGAAGGUUUCAAUAUAGAAUGUGCGCAGACUGACCUGUACAUUCAAGAGAGAGAGGACAGACAGUUAGCACUGAAACUUCAAAGACAGUUUGACUUAGAACAGCAGAUAGCAGACAAACAAAAGGCAAGUCCAGACAAGUAUUUUCUCCGGUCCUGGGUGUCCAGUGAAAACCAAAUCGAAUGCAAUCCACGAAGAUCAGGAAGAAUUUCCCAAAAGAAUAAACAUUUUAAAUGCAAUUACUAAAUGCAUAUUAUUGUUCUUUUUAAAUCAUUCAGUCAUCCAAUGUCUUCCAUACAUUAGUCAGUGCAUUUAAAGAUGAAUUAAGCCUUAAAAUUGUUUUAGUUCAUUUGAUUUUGUUUCUCCAAACAUUAUUUAGCUGUAAUGUUAGAUACUAUAAUUGUAUUUUUUUUGCAAUUACUCAUACAUUUGUUAUAAUAUGCUAUAUUAAUGGUUUGUGAGUUUGGAUAAUCUUCCUAAAAAUAGCAGCAAAUUGUUUGAAGUUGUUUUAAUUCAUAUUGUACUGUGCAGUCAUCUGAACAUCUACAUGUUCAGUUUUGUUAAAACUGAUUCUAUCUCAGCCAAGGAUGUGUGGACAGAUUGUGUUUUCAUUGCUUUGUCAGACCCCCUAUUCAUAUUCCAACUAACAUGGCAAAAGAUCUGGGUCUAAUUCACUUUCCCAUAUGGGUCAUCAUAACUGGAUCAUCGGGAGGUAUCGGCCAAUAAAGUUGAAGUCCCUACUAGUUGACUACAUAAAAAACUGACAGAUGACAGUGACUAUCCUAGAACAUGUUUUUCCCCAGUUAAGGCCUCUAACCAUCUUGUUGGCCAUAAAACCAUUCUGAGAAUAUGGAGACAUCAACACAAGACUGCUUCAUUGUCUUGAACAUGGUAAUCAAAUGAAAAAAAUUUGUUCAACAGUCUUUAGGACACUAUAACUCCUUAUAACGCUCAGCUCUGUACUAGAUGCAAGUCACCACUAAAUUACUAUAAUCAAAUAGAACUCUGACCUAAGGAGCUGAUCCAGUGUUGUGUUGUCUGAACAUUCAAAUAUGGAAGUUUACUUUAAGGUCCUAUAGCUCUUAGUAAAAUAUUUUUAUUGUUUUGACAUGUGCAUUGUUAAAACAUUUGUAAAGUGUAAGUUGCAUUGCUCUGAAAAAGCAGUUCAUUUUCUUGGCACACGCAGUUUACCUGAUGAUCUGAUCAAAUGCAAUACUAGUAUGCAUUUUCUGUUGAUGUUAAUGAACAUGCUUCUACCUCUACACUUCACAUAGUUUUUCCACUUAAAUACUCUCUUUUUGGCUACUGCAAACAAAAAUGUCUCUGUUAUUAGCAGUCUGUAUUAUAGUUAACAUUGUCUUAUGGAAUUACAUAGUUAUGGCACAGCCUCAUAAAGCUAUACCAUUACCCAAGCUUUAUGGGUGGCCUUUGGAUGGAUUUGUAAUUAAAGAGCAUUAUUCAUGGAUUGACUGUGAUAGUACUAAUUAAUAAUUGUUUUAUUCAAUAUUGCUGUUGGACAUUAAACAUUGCUUUUUUCAUCUUUGACUUCUAGCUACUAUAUUGUAUAAGCAGCUUUUUCUAAGGGCUAUUAUAUUUUGAUCAAGACAUUUCUUAUUCGGUUAAACUUUUUUCCUGUGUCAAAAUACAAUCUUAGAUGUCCAUUAGCAUGGAGUGGAGAAAUAGGUUAGUGCCAAAUUGCUAAUUUCUGGUUACCUUGUCAUAAUUUCUCCAGUUUUAUGUUUUCUCUCCUUGUUAAAGGUUAGGUAUUUAGAUUUGAGUCAUUGGAAUACCACUUUUAUAGCCUACAUGAUUCAUUGACAGCACUAUUCUUUAAAGGAUACUCAGUCGUGUCCAUCCAGAUUCUGAAGGAAUUGUCAAACGUAACACUUAAACACAAUGUUUGCUGAAUUUUUCUUUUCAUACAAGUGCUUGUCUUGUCUUUACUUUCACUUAACUGUAUGAAAAAGUUAUAUGUAUGUUGUUCUGUUUAUAGUAUUAGCAUUCCAGAAAAUAUACUCAGUGGAUUGAGAAAGUAUCAACACUGUUGAUGAAGACAAACCAAAAUGUGUAAUAAAUAAAUUAUUGAAG